UCCUCUCUCUCUUCUUCAUUCGAGUUGUUCUGUUCGAUCCUCCGACGCAGAAGCAGUAAUCAAGAUGAGUGGACGGCCGAACAAAAGGCAGAGAAGCAGCGACCAUUCCGUGGUGAGAAUCUGGGAAAGGGAGCUGGGUCAGCUGCCCAAUCGUAGUUUCUCCAAUCGUUUCUCAGCCUCUGAGCAUCUAUUAAACCGACUUGGUCUCCACAAGAAGCUCAAAGAGCAUACGGGCUGUGUCAACACAGUAAGCUUCAAUGCUGAUGGAGAUAUCCUUGUGUCUGGUUCUGAUGACAGGCAGGUUAUACUCUGGGAUUGGGACACUGCCACUGUCAAGCUCUCUUUCGAUUCUGGCCAUUGCGACAAUAUUUUCCAAGCCAAGUUCAUGCCUUUCUCUGACGAUCGCAGCAUUGUUACCUCUUCUGCUGAUGGACAGGUUCGCUAUUCCAAAAUUCUAGAGUCUGGACAAGUAGAGACUUGUAUGUUGGGUAUACAUCAAGGACAGGUCCACAAGUUGGCUAUUGAGCCUGGUAGUCCUUUCUCAUUCUACACUUGUGGUGAGGAUGGCGUUGUAAAGCAUUUUGAUCUUAGGACACGGGUGGCUACAAAUCUUUUCACUUGUAAAGAAGCAAAGUUCAAUUUAGUUGUCUACUUGAAUGCAAUUGCAGUUGAUCCGAGGAACCCUGGUCUUCUUGCCGUGGCUGGAAUGGAUGAGUAUGCUCGUGUCUAUGACAUUCGUAGCUACCGCUCCGAGACUUGGUAUAGUUAUUCCGAACCCGUAGACCACUUUUGUCCUGCUCAUUUGAUUGGAAGCGACCGUGUGGGGAUAACAGGCCUGGCUUACUCAGACCAAAGCGAGCUUCUUGCUUCAUAUAGCGACGAGUUCAUCUAUCUUUUCAGCCCUGGUAUGGGGAUGGGCCCGAAUCCCCCUUCUUCAUCUGAGACCGAGACUGAGACCCCUAAUCCCCCUUCUUCGUCUGAGACCGAGACCGAGACUGAGACUGUUACUGAGACGAGGAGGACGAUACAACCGCAGGUUUAUAAAGAGCACAGUAACCGGGAAACAGUCAAAGGUGUGGGAUUUUUUGGACCCAAGUGUGAGUAUGUUGUCAGUGGUUCGGACUGUGGCAGGAUAUUUAUUUGGAGGAAGAAAGAUGGAGAGCUUCUUCGUGCCAUGGAAGCGGAUAAACAUGUUGUCAACUGUGUAGAGUCUCAUCCUCACAUGCCACUCAUGGCUAGUAGUGGAAUCGAGACUGACAUCAAAAUAUGGACUCCUGGAGGAACUGAGGAACUCGGUUCGCCUAGAACUGCAGAACAGGCUUCGAUUUCUGGUAACUCUCGUUGGUUCACGUUUUAUGAUGAAGAGGGGGAUGAUCAUGCACGCGGGUAUUAUGUGGACGAUUGUGAUCAUGAUGACGAGGAGGAGGAGGAAGACGAAGAUGAUUCUGAUGAUGAGAGUUCAGAAGAGGAGGGGGAUAGUGAUGUCGACGCUGAGAUUAGGAAGGAUAAUGAUGGUGAUGAUGAGGACCAAGGAUGAUAACUUGUACGGAUUACAAUACGUAGAUACACUAGAUUUUAUUUUUAUUUUUGAGCAACAGAUAACACUAAGAUUAACACAGCAAAUGCUCUACAAAAAAAAAGAGGGUUUAGGUAGAGAUUGGUGGAUGUCUAUCCACAUAAUUGUCUUGUAAUAGGAGGAGGCUUUGGCAGGAAAAAGAAGGGAAUGAAACAUUACAAGAAAAAGA